CCCGCUCCCACCCCCUCGCCUGCCUCCACCCUCCUUCCCUUUCUCUCACUCGCUCGGCGAGAUCACUGUGCCUCCUUUCCCGGAUGGCAGCCGGCAGCGCCAUGCAGCCUCCCGUUCCUCCUCCUCCUCUCCCUCCUCUCCGGCUCUAAGUUAAUGCCAUGCUGCCGCUGCUCUUCCCGGCACUGCUGGCCGCCUGCCUGCCGCCCUGCCAGGGCUGGAGCCCCUCGGCGGCUGCCAGCGGGCAGGAGGAGCAGGAGCAGGAGCUCUUCUUGCCCCCUGCCAACUCCUCCUCCCGCUCCUUGGCCAGCCUCGAGAUGGACCUCGACGGGGCAGCGAGCAAGGAGGAAGGCAGCACCGACAGCCCGGGCACGCCGGCUGCCCCUAGCCAAGAGCCUUUCUCUUCCGCUCCCACCACGUCCGGGCAGGAGCAGCCGGGGCAGGAGCAGCCGGGGCAGGAGCAUCAGCAGCGUCCCCAGCCGCAGGGGCAGCCGCAGCCCGCCGAGGACCCGCACUGCAACAUCAGCGUGCAGCGGCAGAUGCUGAGCUCGCUGCUGGUGCGCUGGAGCCGCCCGCUGGGCAUCCAGUGCGACCUCCUGCUCUUCUCCACCAACAGCCACGGGCGAGCCUUCUUCUCCGCCGCCUUCCACCGCGUGGGGCCGCCGCUGCUCAUCGAGCACCUGGGGCUGGCGGCCGGCGGCGCCCAGCAGGACUUGCGCCUCUGCGUGGGCUGCAGCUGGGUGCGGAGCAGGCGGGUCGGGCGGCUGCGGGGCGCCGCGCCCCAGCCCCAGCCCCCCGCUGCCGCCGCUGCCGCCGCCGCCGCCGCCUCCUCCUCCUCUUCCUCCUCCUCCUCGCUUUCCUACCCGCCGGCGGCCGAGUCCGGCCAGUACUGGCUGCAAGGGGAGCCGCUGAAUUUCUGCUGCCUGGAUUUCAGCCUGGAGGAGCUGAAGGGCGAGCCGGGCUGGCGGAUGAACCGCAAGCCCAUCGAGUCCACCUUGGUGGCGUGUUUCAUGACUCUGGUCAUUAUCGUAUGGAGUGUGGCCGCCCUCAUCUGGCCCGUGCCCAUCAUCGCGGGAUUCCUGCCCAACGGCAUGGAGCAGCGCCGCGGAACCACCGCCGGCACCGCCACCGCCGCCGCCGCCAAGUAGCCUCUCCCGGUGACCCCCCCUUCUCUUCGUCGUGUGCUGUGGAGGGACGCGGGACGGACUGUCGCGUUUUUCUUCUUUGCAGCGUGCCACAGGGUGGAACAGAGGGUUUGGCUGGCCUUCCUGUCUGCGAACCUGCCACGAAGCUCCUUUCCCUGUGAAAUGGUGUUACCAGGGCUGCUGGUGGCCAAAGGAGAAUCCCAAAGCCUUUCUGACUGGUGUUUGCUCUAUCUGUGCAGCAGAUGUGGGUCUAAAUGCCAAACCGGGUGGGGUGGAGAGGGGUGGGGAGCACAGCUGUGCCAGACAUCCUCCAAAGCAAUUUCUUCUGCACAUCUCCACAGACUACGGCUUUCUCCUCAGUUUGAGGUUGGGUGGCUUCGGUCCUGGGAAGAUGAGGCCCUCUCUGAGUUGUGCUAAACAGUGUGGGGCAAGUCUCUUGACUUGCUCAUCAUUCAUUCCUCAAAACCAGCUUAGAUGCAGUGUAUUUGUUGGAGACACAGGAAUACUGUACCUCUUUUUUAUCUACCAGUCUGCAGGGUUGCUCACAGCAAGUCUGUGGGGUGAGAAGGCAGGAGCUGCCAGUCCAGAACUAGAUUCCAGCUGCUGCUGUGCAAGGGUGCAAAGAAGAAAGAUUUCUUCUCUCUUGUUUGAGCAGACAGCUGUGUAGCCUGAAAUAUCAUUUGUUGUGUACUUCCAACUGUUUAGCCUUAUAAAAAGUUGUUUCAUUUGCCUUAGACAUGAUUAGUCCAGCUGAAGUCUCUAAAACCAAAAUAAGAGCUAAGUGACAAAUAUUUGCAAUAGGAAUUCUCAUUUUUUUUGUGGACGUCGAUGUAUUUAAUUUGCUAGGAAGGCAUGUAUUUGCUUGGGGCUAAUUUGGUGUGUUUGUUAUGUAUGGUGGAAAGGACUGGAUGGAAAGGCUGGAAGGAUUAAAUUCUUAGGAUUCCCACAUUUUUUAACUGACAACAAAAUAAAAUAAAUGCAUGCUCUAUGUGUAUGCUCUCUGGACAAAAAGACAGAGAGAAAAAGAUUGACAAACAGCAGAAAGAAAUCAAGAUUUAAAAAUGCUCCAUGUUAGUAGGCUGCCUCUACACCCACUGUUCCUCCUGUUAAUCCUCUUGUUGGGGUUGUGACUUGAGUAAACAUUGCAUGGCAUUGUUUCCAGAAAGCAGAGGAUCUGGUCACUGUGAGAAGUGCUCUCAUGACCUGUUGAUCCAAAGGGCACCUGCCCCUGUACACCGAGUUUAGAGAGCCCCUAUUUUUUUUUCCUUGAUGUGUAAAACAGUGUCAUUUCCACCUCAUGCAAACUCUUGUCAGACAUUUGACAUGCUAGAGAGCAAUUCUUUGCCUGUUAAUCUCCUGUGUGACAGAGACACCUCUUCAUACUGGAAGGCAGGGCCAGCAGGAAAACAUGAGGGUACUGCUAACACCCUCUCAAAAGAGAAAUGUUCAACAUAUGGAAUACACCUCAGAAAAGUUGCCAUGCUAGGGAAUAGUUUCAUCUUUUAAAUGAGAUGCAUUUAGGCAGAGAGUUAACAAUUUUUACUGGAAAUUUUCUGGCUUUAUUAAUUCAUGAUGUAUAGUCCUCACUGUGGUGCAGGCAGCCUGUGCUUAAACUCAAGGGUGGAAUCUCUUUUUUGCUUCUCCUUGUUUCCUUUUUGCUUAUCCUUUGGUGGUGUGAUAUUCAGGUUUUUUCCUGAAUUGCAUCAACAUAAACAAGGGAGGGGUGUUACUGUCCGAAACAGGCAACUUCAGUUAUUAAAGGCUUAUUAUUUUUCAGUUCUUGCAGACAUGUAGCAGGUGGAACACUCAAACUGGUACAAAAUGGCUUGUUUUUCUAAUUUCUAUCAAUAUCAGCUUAAAUACAAACUUUGUGAAUAGACAGUGCCACACUCAGAAUAUUUUACUGCUUCACUUAAAAAACAUGAUACAAGAGAGGGGUUUUCUUACAGUUAUUCUCUAAAAUACACUGUUAACUGGAGCUAUUAUUAAAAAUCUGCUAAGACAUGAAUGUUUAGAACACAGGGAUGGCAUCAAGCAAACUCCAGAGGCAAAACUUGUCCAGAAUACCAAAAACUGCGAUGUUUUCAGGAAGUAUUGGUCUCAGACACAAUGUGCAAAGAAUCCUUGUGGGUUGGGGAAGGUGUUUCCUUAGAUCCCAGUGACCGUGCACAUGAGCAUGUUCCCUUUGCAGAGAGAGACCCCUCUGUGUUCCUGUCCCUUAAAGAGGAGUUUAAGGCACAGCAGGGGGCACAGGGAUUACCUGCUGUACAGGCUUUAGGCUGAAUCUGACUCCCUGAACCCUCGGGUUUCAGUGAGGUGGCAGUAGGGCUUCUCCUGGAAGGAGCAGACAGUGGGAAUGCACCAUGCAAACUGCGAGCUUUCUUCAGUCACUGUUACACCUAACAUCAAUAACUCUGCUCCUGGAGCUGUGGCUGCUGCUAUGACUCUAAGUAAACUAUAAUUUUGAGUAACUUUUGCCUUCAUCCAUGGGAAUUUCACAUGAAUGCAACCUAGAAGAGGCAAGCCCAGGGCAAUGUGGAAUGAUAAAUCUGCAUGCCAGCUGGUUUAAAAUUUCAAGUUUAGACACUGAAAUGUCUAUUUCUUUUUUUCUGCACUGGGCAUGGAGCUUUAUUGCCUCUUAGCUGGAGUUGACUCUAAGCCAUUUUUUAUUCAUUUGGAUUUAUUUUUAAGACCAGCUGGUAGCAGGGUCAGCACGAGAGCAGAUUAGUCACCAUGUAUAAUCCUUUAUGUACUCAGGGAGGGCAUAUAUUUGUAUAUAUGUAUCUACAUAUGAGGACUAACUCUGUGGAACAGAAAGCAGAAGUGAGAAAAGGGAUGAUGAGAGAAAAGUAGCACUGAUUUUCCUUCACUAUUUGUUGGAUCGUGUUUCCUGGUAAGUUAUCCUGACUUUAUUUAUAUAUGAGUGUUUGUUGGAAAGCAAGGGAUAUUUAGGAACAGAGGCAGUUUCUUGAUUUACUUUUAAAAAUUCAAUUCAACUCUAUUACAGAUUUUUUUUUUCAUGCCAGAAAGCAGGAGCAAUCUUGACAUUCAGCAUUAGAAAGUACUAGGCUUGUCUGUUAGUGUGAGACUGGUACAAUUUUUUUCUGUAUAUUCAGACCUCAGAAUUUAAUCUCUUGCCUGUUUUCUUAGUUGUGUUUUACAGAUGUGUUAGAAGUGGAAGAUACAGAGGAAUAUGUAGUUUUAGCAUGGACACAGUUUUGCUGUUACUUAGUGCCACAUUGAUUCCAACAAUAAAAAUACAAAAAAUGUAGUAGAGUGCAAUAAUAGUUAUAUAUUAUGUAAGUACACUGUUGCUCAAUAGGUUGUCAGUGAUGAAGCAUUUCUAUAUGUCAGGAGGCAUUGGGAUAUUUGGGGCAAAAUUGCCAUUCUAGGUUAAAUGUAAGAGUUGUUACUUAUCCAGGGCUUAGUUCACCAGUGCUUUCAAUGAUUAAUGCAACAGCAGGACUAUUUGUGCAGUGAAUGUUACUCAAUAUGAGUAAGGGCUACUGAACCAGACCCUAAAAAAAAAACUUAAUUAAAAGCUGUAGUUGGCUGAAGAAGUAUUAUUCAUCAUGACAUCUGCUUGCUGAAUAAAAGUAUCUCCUGGGCUGACGUUAUGUGAUCCCAGGGGCUGAACAAAAGCCUAGUGAAAUCAAAUAAUUAAUUGAAGUUUUGUAGGACUGGAAUUCAAAGGAUUUAUUUAUAGGAAUAUAUCUAGAUGUAAGGGUAGGUAUGAUGUUCUUGUUUCUCUCAGUCCAAUGUAGGGCCUUGCCAGUUUGGAAGUUGGCUUCUUUCUGAAGCUAGUAUGAAAAUGUCAGUUGUUUUCCAAAGAAUUUUACAGACUAAAUGUCAUUUUCCCCCUAAUUAAUUUCAGGGAGAGGCCUUGACUUUGCAAAAAGCAUUUGUAAUGAUUCUGGGAAAACAUGUAAAUAUCAAAUCCCAAAUGUAUUCAGAUUUCAAAGAAUAAAAAAAUCUUUUUAAUCAGUAACUGGUUUUUAAAGCAUAUUUUUAAACAAAAAAAUCAGUUUCCAUUUUUCCCCUCAGAAGCUAAACAUUUCAGUGAAGAUCAGAAGUGCAUUUGAGUGUUUCACAUUGUGAUUUUGUAUGUGAAUUUUUUGUAGAAAAAAAUUCUCCUCCAUGAUUUGGAACUGAUAGCAUCUCUUGACAUAUAAGUUACUGUAUUUCUUGUCCCAUCUUCAUAAUAGUUCUGGUUAAAUAAGUUGUCCAAAAGAAUUGUAAAUCAUAAUAUAAAUAAUAAUAAAGUAGCUUAGCCC